AUGGUAAACAUCGACGCUUCCCACUCGCCUUCGUCGUCCCUGUCAGCAUCGGAGGAGGAGGCAUACGAUUUGACCGAGGAGUUUUUGCUAACUAGUCUGUUAAUCUUCUCUCUUCGAAAACGCUUUGUCAAAGCAGCCGAGGCCAUACUCAGUCUGAUCCAUCAGUCAUCGUAUCGUGCCCCGGAUAUAGCUAAGUGGUGUCUUGCUGCAAUGCAGGACUUUCCUACCCCACCUCAUCCAGCAUGCGUCCCCUCGACAUCCACACGGACAAAUGGCUGCAAAGUAUCUGGCCUCUGCCAACGGCUGGAUGAUUUGAUCGUCAUAGCCACAAACCUCGCCGCCAACUUGGAUCAGUCCAGCAGCUCCUUCUGCGCCCCGCUCUCGGAGUAUCUAACCAAGGCACGACGAUUGAUUCUACACUUUCACUUGGAGUCAUUCAUUGUAUCGGGUGAUUACGCCGCUUUUAUCUGUGAACUGAAUCGUUAUUUCCCCGCCCAUGAUUCGGACUUUCCCUACCCCAACCUCCCCACCACAUCCAGCAUGCGUCCCCUCGACAUCCACUCGGACAAAUGGCUUGCAAAGUAUCUGGCCUCUGCCAACGGCUGCGAUGAUUUGAUCGUCAUAGCCCACAAAACCUCGCCGCCAACUUGGAUCAGCUCCAGCAGCUCCUUCUGCGCCACACGCUUCUCGGAGUAUCUAACCAAGGCACGACGAUUGAUUCUACACUUUCACUUGGAGUCAUUCAUUGUAUCGGGUGAUUACGCCGCUUUUAUCUGUGAACUGAAUCGUUAUUUCCCCGCUCAUGAUUCGGAUAUCCUCGUACGGAGUUACCGGAUCAAAUUUGCCAAAUUGCUUGUGUCACGGACGCGCACUCGAGCUUACCUUAAUGAGCGGUGGAUCCCUCAUCGCGAGGAUGCGUUGAAGAAUUUGGGGGACCUUGCUUGGGAGGUGGCACAACAGUUCCCUCCUGUAUUUUUCGACAAGAUUGGUACAAGUGAAUGGCGAACCGUAGAUGAACUUUUGCUCUAUCUGAACACCGCGUACUCUGUGUGCCUUCGCGAGUACUUCCGUGACGCGACAGAGUGCACCGAAAAGGACAUUUUGGAAUUCGCCCAGAUUACCAACACUCAAAAAAUCCCGUCUCAGUUGUUCUGA